AUGUCAUCAAUCAGUGUGAGCGUUUCGAUGCUGGCUCAACUCACCACUCCCUUCGUGGUCGCUGCCAUCAUAUCUACAGGAACCAUGGAGGAGUGGGAUAAUCUUUUUCUGCUCAGUUCGCUUCUUUGUAUUGUCUCCGGAACCGUGUUCUCAAUAUUUGGAUCAGGUGAAGUGCAAGAGUUUGCUAAGUCUUCAAAGAACAUCCCCUCAUUGGAAUCUAAUAACAUUUUGCUGACGCCGCUUCGUGCCGGUACACUACGAGCUGAUUCGAUUUCGAUGCUGUGA